AUGCAUCAUCUGUUUGGGCUGGUUUUGGCACAAAAGGACCUUUCACGUGCAGGGGAUCUUUUCUCCUUAGAGGAUGCUGAAAUUGAAGGAAGCCUCUCGGAAGCUCUUGAACAAAUAAGAAUAAUUAGUUCAUCUGCGGACUACCAGACCAAUGACAAUGACCAGGCUGUGGUGGAAAUCUGCAUCACCCGCAUCACCACUGCCAUCAGGGAGACGGCGUCCAUAGAAAAGCACGGGAAAGCCCUCGUGGCUCUCUGGGAGUCAUGCCUAGAGCACAACCUCAAACCUUCAGGAAAAGAUGAGGACACACCACAUGCAAAAAUUGCAUCCGAUAUCAUGAGCUGUAUCUUGCAGAAUUAUGAUCGACCUCCAGUAAUGGCCUUAGCUGUUCCAGUGGCAGUGAAAUUUCUUCAGAGGGGCAAUAAGGAACUGUGCAGAAACAUGUCAAGUUAUCUAUCCUUGGCUGCAAUUGCUAAAGUGGAUCUGCUGGCUGAUCACACAGACACCAUUGUCAAAAGUGUCCUUCAAGGCCAAAUGUGUGAUAAACUUGAUAAAUAUGUAUGA